GUACGCCCUAUAUUAUUGGCCAGCAUAAAAAUAAUUGAAAUGUUAAAUCAGUGGCGACGCUCACCAUUCCAGCGCCGGUCGAAACCUACUGCUGCAUCUUCCUCGCCUUGCCGCCGGAGCAAGUCUCAUGUCGACGUCAUGAUACAACAUGCUUCUAAACCACUCUCAAUUGGGCCUUCAAAAUCAUUGGAAGAAUAAUUUAAUUUAACAAUCUCAUAGAAGAAUUGUUGUUACUAACAUUGAAAGAAUUUGUUGCAAUAUUCUGAAUCACAGAAAAUCAAAUUCCCCUUCAAGUGCGCUGCAACUGUAACGAACGGUGAGAGGCGGCGGCGACGGUGGCAACAGUGACGGCGAUUAGAACAACAGAGGGAGGAAGAUGGAAACUAUAGGCCUUUAGAUUAAAAUUUGCCACAUGUCACACAUCCAUCAAUAACAAGGUAUAAAUGGAGCUAUUAGAAAUGGAGCAAAGCUGCAGUGAAAGGUACAAUUUCAAUUUUUAUGUUAUUUAAUUUUCAGAAAAAUCUUUACAAUUAUAAUUCUCCAUUUUUAUGUAUUCUCAUCUGGAGUUUGCUUGAUUGUUAUAGUAACGCUUUAUAUAUUGUGUCUAACAACAUUUGAAUGUCACGUAGAUCAUAAUAUAUCAUAUAAUUAUCUUGAUUCAAAAUUAUUAUUAUUGUUUUGUUUGGAUGAUUUAUAUAGUACAUAAUUCUUCAGUAUCAAGUGUUAGUAUUAUGAAUUUAUGAUUAGAAGAACAUCAAUUUUGUUGAGGAAAAGCUUAAUUUUGUUAAUGUGUGACAAAAGGUGAGAAAAAAAAAAGGUGGGGUGCAAAUAGAAAAGAAGUUACAAGGGUGGUGAGUGAACAUGGAAGAGCAUCCGGAGAGAGCCGAAUUGCGAAGAAUUCAAAGGGAACAAGAAAGGGAGAGAAGGCGGAUCCGUGAUAGACAAAGGAGACAAGCAAUGACACAAGAACAACGAGAAAUACACCUUGCGCGUCGUCGCAGGAGCUAUCAAAUUCGAAGACAAAGAGCCGCGAAUGCUAAUAAUGUUAAUGCUCCAUUUACUCCUCUUCCUCUUAACCCUCUUGCUUUAGAAUCAAGUGCUGGUGAAACUAGUACUAGUGAUGAAUUUCAAGGUGUUAAUUCUUUGGCCUCACUAGACUAUAGAGUCCUAUCUCAUGGUAUUGGUUUUCCUCAUCAUGGCCUUAAUCAAGGUCAAGGAACAAUGAAUUUGGGAACUGAAGUUUCUCAUGAAGGGUCAUCAAUGAACAUGGAAGCCCUAGAUUUGAAGCUUGAUAGUUCACCAAGGAUGCGUCUAAGUCGAAUUAAAAAUCUUGCAAGAAACAAUGUAGCUUCAGCUGAAUUGAAAACAAAGGAAGAUAAGGAAGUUGGUAGCACGCCGAAAUCCUUGCGUUUGAAUUCUGUGAAGCGUAUUGCUCGAUCUCAAUCGAUGAAUUCUUAUCCCAAAGAGACCGCUAUCCAGAAGGACGACAAUAUGCCUCCGGAAGAAGGGAUUCAGUUACUUGACAAUCAAAGCUUUAUGGCUACUAGUUAAGGUGAAGUGAGAGGUUCACUUCAAUCUACCUUACAAAAUAGUUGCAUAAUUAGGGACUAAACUUAUACAUUACAUGGAGAAAUUAAAGACUAUGUUUUGGGAAAAUGUUGUUUGUCAAUAUCUGUUUAAACUUUAAAUUACAAAACUAUGGCUUAUAAUUUGUUUUCUAUUUACAAAGUUUAUGUGACAACUUUACAAUUAAAAUUGAGGGGGAGAGUAAGUGAUGUAUGUACCAAUUCUUAGCAGAAGCAUGAUAUAGUAUGUGAGUUUGGCAUAGUAAAAGUUUCGUUGCUCCUUUUGAUCUUA